UGUUAUACGUAUUGAGCCCAAACUUCCUAAUAUUGUAAAAACAAACUGAACCAGUUUAUCGAAUGUGGAAAAUAAUUGCGGCUUAGAACUUUGUUUAUAAGGUCGUGUGAAAAUUGUCUUUGUUAACAGUGUGACUGUGUAAGUAUUACCAUGAGGUGCAUUUGGAGUAUAUUCUUACUAUUGACUAUCGCCGGAAAAUUGUAUUCCGCUGAAAGUAACAACUGUGGCGCUAACACUUACGAAAAUGAUCCAUCGCUUUUUUCGCUGUUGACUGGAUAUUUUCACGUUAUGUACACAACGAACGGUGUUCUCGACAACGAAAUAAUCAGGUUUGAUGUGACAGGUAACGAUACCAUUUAUGCGAGAACAACAAAUGACGGGGAAUGUUGCAGAACCUUCAACAUUACAUUCGGCAAAGACUACAAUCCAUAUUACAUUGGAAGCGAUGACGAUUGCACAACGAAGGUUUCCGAUUCGGGACAGAUAAAACUAUUGGCCUCGUUUACCGAUAAUGACGGUUCCAUCUGUUAUAUAUCGUGGGGUUGCCGUGAGACACGACAUAAUGUACACGCAAACUGCGAUAAACGUGAACUGUCGCUGCAGCAGAAAUUAUGGAUUUACGGGCAAUUCAUCUGGAGGCGUUUGCCUAUAAUCGAAGUUAAUCAGACUGCCGACUACGAAAAUGGAAAAUGUUUCGAUAAUUGACCGUUCUGAAUAUGUUAUCCCUGUUGUCGUACUUUCUAAUUCACUUUCUAAUCAAUAACAGAAUCAUCGAG